GGUAUGAAGUAUGCACCGUCGCAUCGAUCACUUUAAUGGAUGUAGAGAGUUCUUUUUUAUGUAUAAAAAUAUUCAGUCGGACAAUGGUCAAUUUCACUACUGCAAAUUUAGGAAAAUAAUGGUUUUUAAAGUCUACAUGCAUGGGACCACUAUAUAACAAAUUAACAAGUAAAAACUAAACUCAGUUCACUUAAUGUUUUAUUUUUAUUAUCAUUUGGUGACAUUUUUUAUUUAUUCGACGAAAAAUUGUUUUACUGGUCUUAAAAAAAAAUGUUUCACGUUAUAAGCUAUUAAACCAUUCAAUUUAUGCGUUUAAACGUAAAAUAAACUCUAAACGUUUAUAAAAUUGUCUGUCAGACUUUGUGAAUAAUUUAACACAUACUUACUCAAGAUUUUCAAGAAUGAAAAUCGAUACGAAAUUACGAAGUGAUUAACAAACCUACUUGCAUGCAAAGUCACUCUUUAUAACGAGUGGAUCGUUAACGAAUAAAUUAAAGAAAAUGAACAAGUCCAACCUAAACAAGCAACGUCUCAACUACAAUAUCGUGCCAAUGUCUUCCGAUAAUGAUAAUGAUAGACAAAUAGUUAUUGAAUUUUUUAAAAAAAAUUUUUUUCAACAAGAACCGUUAAUAAUGUGUGUACAGUUAUAUAAAGAUGUUGAAUCAGUGGAAAAACUUCAAAAUCAUUUUUUCAAAACUUUGGAUAAUGGUUUAACUUUCAAAGCCGUGUCUUCGAACGGGGAUUUGAUUGGUGUAAUUACCAACGAAAUAAUUGUUAGGGAUAAUGAAAAACGAAGUAAUUGUAGCAGUAACAGCAAAGUUCAAGAGCAGGGCAGUGUUAAGUUCAAUAAGUUCAUGAAACUUUUUCAAAAAGUCGAACAAGAAUCAGAUAUGUUCGAAAGGUACCCAAACGUAAAUCGGGUAAUGGAUAUUAAGGGUGUCGCUGUGGAUGAAACAUUUAGAGGUCAAGGAGUGUGCAAAGCCCUGUUUUAUAAAAGCAAAGAAUUGGCAUUAGAAAACAAAUGUUCAAUGGUCCGUGUCGACUGUAGUAGUUAUUUUUCUGCUAGUGCAGCAGAGAAACUAGGAUUUCAAUGCAUCUAUUCCUUGAAUUAUGAAGAAUAUACAAAUGAAAAAGGUGAAGUGAUAUUUAAUUCUUUACCUCCCCACAAACAAUUUAAAGUGUAUGUAAUUUCUAUUGAAGAUUUUUUUCAUACAGAUUAAUAAUCAAAUUAUUCUUAUGAUAUAUUAUAUAUAAUUGUAUACCUACAAGGUUAUAACCUACUCUUGCAGUAGUAUGUAUCCAUUACUCAUAUGAAUGUAAUAUGCUAUUAUAUUUUAAAUCUGUACAUUUAAAAUAUAUAAACUAUAUUUGUAUAACAAAUCAUUAAUUAUAAAGACUAAAGAUGAUAAUAUGAUGUUGGUCUAAACUCUAAAGUUAUAUUUACUGUUUUCAUUUUAAAAUAUCCAUGUAUUUUUUUUAUGUUAUUAAAUAAAUAUAAUUUUAUAUAUUCA